AUGGACGUUAUGGAUAUAGUCCGAUGUUUCAUGGUCAACUCCUUCUUUUCAACACUUGGUCGUGAAAUCAUCAACGGACGGCUCAACUACAUUUUGGAUCAUAUAGUCGGUUCUAAAAGUCGGCAUCUUCAUGCCACUCUCGAUUCUACGCACUCCAUCCUCCUUGUCAGCGCUAUGGUGGACAUCUUGUUGUAUGGCACAUCAUCCAUUCUUCAACAUGAACUACGUAUCGCCACUCCUAACUAUGCAAAAGAGGUCAUUGCCGAGUUUUUCAGAGACCUCAGUUUCAUCGUAGACAAAACACCUACCUUUUAUAUGCCUCCUUCGGUCAUAUGUGUGUACGAUCAUGCCUACAUUCAAAAGGAUGGCAAAAAAGUGGUAUUAAUCAAUAGCCCAACAGAUUCUGUGAUGCCAGUCGUAUUGGCCCAUCAUUCAUCUAUGGAUUGCAUGUUCUUGGCAACCGGCGGUCUGUUUUUAGGUUAUCCUGAACUCAUGGACAGCACGACCACAUUAUUGCCACUAGCUCAUCCUCGUGGUUCUCUUACAUCGUAUAUGGAACAUCGUAGUGCUGGCGCGCGUGUCACUUCUUGCGCUCAUCCGCUUCCAUUCAGUUCUAUGGCUAUCGAACUCAGCUUAUCCUCUACUCAGCUAUUUGAAUCUUCCCUUCUAGCCGUCAUAUUGCUAGCUCUAUUCCUCAAUGCCUUUACCCGAAUUGCUACUGAGGGUAGAGUCUCUCAUCUGCUAUUUAACCACCAAGCUGCUCUUAUUGUGCAAUGGGAUGAAGACUUCUCAGUCGCAUCGUUACACAUGGUGCUCGGUUCACCGAAUUCAUGCAAGCUAAUAGCCAUCAAUCUCAGUCUUCUAGACUUGCACAAUCUUUCAAAAACCUGCAAGACAAUGUGCCGUAUCGUGGCAACCAUACACAAUGAAGCCUAUCUGGAUCUACUGAGGCCAUAUGCUGGAGACGGGUUAGAUGACUUUGAAGCCACGAUUGCCCAUAGUGGAGGAGUGAUCAUCAGAUGGGGCGCGCUCUCGUUGAUUCUACAUCCUAACUCCUGGAAAGUGAACAACUUGAACAUUGUAGUCCCUAGAGGCGCUGUCGACAAAUUACAGCACUGGUUACUUCACCAUGUUUUUGGUACGCAACCACUCCAUAUGAUGUCUAAUGCUCCCUCGAUGCGGAACUUUGUGAACUCCCAUCAGACACUGUACAAAUGCUCAACUCCAGAUCUCUUGAUCAAUCUGACAGAGAGUGUGGACGACACGGUCAUCAGUGUGGUCUUAGCAGGUCGCAGCACUAUGGAAAUGUCAUAUGUGACUCCUGGUGGCAUUUUCUGCUCUCAUCCACGUCUCACAUUGGAUCAUGUUGUAUGCCCUGGAUUUUUGUCAAAAGAUGAGAAGAUGAUACAAGAUGAAAUCGAGUGGUACACGGAUAUGGGCUUAUUAUAUGGUGAAGCGACUGCAGUGCGGGAAGGCGAGUGUCAUCAUGAUUGUCCGACCCUUUGGCGCAAUGUGAAUGACACAAAACAAGUCCUACUCAUUGAUUGGACCAUCAACCAAGGUGCUCUCGAUAAACAUAGCCCUUUAUGGCAUACAAACGGCCAACAUCACUACUGGCGACUAAAUCAGUCUUGUCAUAAUUCACACUGCUCCUUCCGACUGCACACUUCCGAACUGCUGUUGUACAGUCCAGCAGACUAUGAAGAUAUCCUACGUGCUAAAGUUAGCAUGGCCGUAAAUCCAUUGCUCGGAGGUGGACACAGGGGCGUUCUUUAUGCGACUAGCUGUGGCUGUCCCAUCUUAGUGCCCGUUACGCUCAUGAUUGAGAUGCAUGAGUUAAUGAAAACAGAUCACCUCUUCACGGAGCCUUGGGUGAAUGAAUUUGGUCGAGAUGCUAAUCAGACGCCUCUACCCUUCCGCCUUGUCGUGUGCCACGAGAAUCACACACAAAGCCGGAAGAACUAUCUGUUGUCAGCUCUUGGGAAUGAUAUUGCAGGUUUCGGGAAGAUAUUCAUGCCAUAUGGCAAUAUCUUGGUACUCAAGAUGCAGGCAGACAAUCCUGGAGAGGUCAUGGAUGUCAACCCAUCAGACAUGGAACUUAUUAUGAAUAUUGUACUGAGCAUGUAUCGUACCAGAGCAUUACAAGGAGUGAAAGUCGAGAUCGAGUCUGCAUGGUAA